GAAGUGUUGCGAGUGAGCAAUAAGAAAAGGGGUAAUUUGGUAGAAGUAGAAGAAGCUGCUAAUCAGUGAGGUGAGGAGAAGAAGAAGAAGAAGAGGAAGAUGAUGGGUUGUGCUGCUUCCCCAACUGUAUCGGUCUCCUUCAAGCUGCCCCAGCUACCACCAUCUCGCACAUCCAAGCCCAAGCCCAACCCCAACCCCAACCCCAACCCUGGUUAUAGUUCCCUUUCAUUUUCGUGGCUUUCUUCAUUUCCUACUUUAAACAUUCGCACAAACCCUAUCAAUCCCAAUCCUUCCCUCUCCAAAGGUUCCAUCAUUCGAGCUGCGUGGACCCGAAGAUCUCGAGGUGAAGCGGCAAAGAAACCUAACAGGAAAUCAUGGAAGCAGAGGACAGAUAUGUACAUGAGACCAUUCUUAUUAAAUGUUUUCUUUUCAAAAAGAUUUAUUCAUGCAAAAGUGAUGCACCGAGGAACAAGCAAAGUCAUAUCUGUUGCUACCACAAAUGCCAAGGAUCUUCGAAACUCUCUUCCAUCCUUGAUUGAUCAUAGUGCUUGUAGAGUAAUUGGAAGGCUUAUUGCUGAGCGAUCAAAGGAAGCUGAUGUAUAUGCAAUCGCAUAUGAACCCAGAAAGGAUGAAAGAAUUGAAGGUAAACUUGGGAUCGUUCUUGAUACCAUUAAAGAAAACGGAAUUAUUCUUGUCUGAGCCCAUUAGCCUCCUUCUAUUGCUUGUUACAAAUUCUCUCUGAGUAUGGAUUUUUUUUUUUUUUUUUUUGUGCGUUACUUUGCUACUUGAUGAAUUAGAAUAUUGUGGUUUUAUUUUGGCA